CGGAGACUGACAAAGACGUCAACUUCAAACCCAGACCGACCCCAACCUAUGCCCAGGCUGAAGGACCAUCCACCUGCGAGCAGGAAAUCACAAAGGUUGAUUUCGAACAAAACGGAGCAAACAGAUCGCUCCACCGACGACCCGACCCGACCAGAGAGUGAAACCGAUUUCACGCCAAACACCGAUUCCACCCUCGAAGACGAAAUCGAAGUUGAUUCUCUUUCGAACACCGCGUGGCCUAGUAUAGAAACGCCUGAGGAAAAUUUAGACGAAUUCGAGUUUGCAGAAGCAAGGCAUACAACGCCGGAAACAAACCCAAACAUGAUGGCAGACGGAAAUGACCUAGCCAGCGAGAUCGCUAGGCUACAGGCAGUUAUCACACGCCUGCAAACCGAAAGACAGAACAACCAACCGGAAGCCCGACAAGCCACACCCGAAAAUAGCGCCUUUGGAGGCACCAGGUUCGAACCGACCGGCCUAGCCAGCAGGAAAGCAUUUAAGCCGUACGGCCAUAGCCAAGAAGCAGCCAACCCGCACUACAGUGAAAGAGCCAAAAGUAGAGGAUUAGAUCCAGGUACAUUUUCCGGCAGUUUAACCACUUUUGACCGCUGGAUUACGAAAUUAGCAGAUUAUUUCGAAGAGGAUAACACAACCUUCCGAACUAAACGAAGCCGCAUGGCAAAACUGUUCAGCCUGUUGGACGACCGACCAGCAACGAUGCUGGAGACCAGAUACAAUUCAGAGACCCAACCGUAUUCAUGCGUGGCAGAGAUGAUCCAGGUUUUGGCCACGGUGUACCAUAACAGCAAUCAAGCGUCCGAAACAUGGGAAAAACUAUCAAAAAUGUAUUUUGAAUGCGGACCAGGUAAUGACGUUUACAGUUUCAUUGCCGAGGUGAAUGCUCUCGCCGAUAAAAUUGGAGUACCAGCAGGAGAACGCAAAACUACGCUGUGGCAACAUAUCCCGGCAGACCUCGAUCACCGGCUGUUACGAGACAGCAAGGACCCCAGAAUAUCUUAUGAAGAAUUCGCAAAUUUGGUGGCCGAUGCAGCUCACAGCACUCAGCGAGCGUAUCGGGAACGAGAGGAGCGAAAACAGAAAAGUCGCGGUAAAGAUAGAAAAGAGAAAUACCCCUACAGCCCAGACAAAAACAGGAAAAGCAAUCGAGGACGCUAUUACGAAUCCAGCAACCCGAACAAAGGAGAAAGAAGCGACAUGGUACCUAAAACAACAGAAGCCACAGGACGUGGUUUGACAGAAACUGAAAAGAUGGCUCAUUGGGAAGCCAACACUUGCUUCGCGUGCGGGAAAGAAGGACAUAAAUCAUUUGAAUGCCCCAAUAAAACGAAAGCAGUCAGGGCCUUGGAUUUUGAGGACAACCACAGCACUAAUGACGAGCAAAAGCGAUCGGGAAAAGAGUGA